GCGGCGGAGAAAGUUGGGAUGAUGAGCGAAGGGUACGGUUGGGUGGUGACACAAGGCUUGUCCUCGCAGUUAGAUCCUUCGGGUUCGGAGAGAGUGGAGAACAUGCAAGGUGUCUUGGGAGUAAGGCCGAAAGUGAGAAAAAGUGAAAAACUCGAGGACUUUAAGAAGAGAUGGAAAGCUUUGUCGGUUAAGGGACAUGAAGAGAUCAAUAUCAAUAGCAUGACAUUGUUCGGGUUGUGGGCUUAUGAUACGAUGUGGGCCUUAGCCAUGGCUGCGGAAAAUGCAAGCGGUUGUGGGUCCCUUGUGAGCGCAAUCAUGGCUACGAAAUUCGAGGGCGUUUCUGGUGAUUUUGAUUUGAAGGGAGGGGAGUUAGAGGCUUCGGUGGUUGAAGUGUUCAAUGUGGUGGGACAUAAAGAGAGGGUGAUUGGGUAUUGGAGCAAUGAAAGAGGACUAUUCCGUGAGGACCCACCGAAUGUUACGCAAGGGAAACAGAUACUGAAGCAACCGGUUUGGCCCGGUUACACCACGGAUGAGCCACCCAUGUUGAGAUUUGGGGUACCCGUCAGAAAGGGUUUCACUGAGUUUGUGAAAGUCGAAAGGGUCUUUCCCUCUAACGCCACCAAGAUUUCUGGGUUCGUUGUUGAUGUGUUUUUAGAGGCUGUGAAGGCUUUGCCUUUCCCCAUUUCGUACGAAUUCAUCCCCUUGGAUAACUAUGAGGCACUUGGUGGGUCUCAUGGAGACAAAAAUUCCAGGGAGUUCGAUGCCGGAGUUGGAGACGUAUCAAUAGUUUAUUAUAGGACAAAUUAUUUCGAUUUCACGUUGCCUUAUUUAGAAUCAGGGGUCUCAAUGGUGGUUUCAAUGAAACAUGAUCAGAGACGAAACAUGUGGAUAUUCUUGAAGCCUCUAAGUUGGGGUCUUUGGUUGACUACUGGUGCCGCCUUAGUCCUCACUGGUUUCGUUGUGUGGUUUCUAGAGCACCGCUCAAACGCAGCCUUUAGUGGGACCCCAGACCAACAACUUGGCAUUGUUUUUUGGUUUUCCUUCUCAACACUUGUCUUUGCUCAUCGGGAAAGAUUAGUGAGUAACUGGUCGAGAUUUGUGCUUAUUGUAUGGGUAUUUGUAGUGCUCAUCAUCACCCAGAGUUACACUGCCAGUUUAGCGUCAAUGCUAACAAUAGAAAGCCUCCGACCAGAAUUCAUUGACAUUAAAGAGAUAAAAAGGAAUAAUUACUUUGUGGGGUAUCAGAACCAAUCCUUUGUGAAAACCAUUUUAAUAAACCAAUUAGGAUUCAGUGAGUCCCGACUGAAGGCUUAUAAUACUCCUGAAGAGUAUCAUGAAGCACUUUCAAAAGGGACCAACAAUGGCGGGGUAGCAGCUAUAUUUGAUGAAACUCCCUACAUCAACGUUUUUCUCUCAAAAUAUGACGUUGGAUAUGCUGUGGUGGGACCGAUUUAUAAAACAAACGGAUUUGCCUUUACUAGGCACAACAAGGAGACUAGUGGAGGGAAUCACCAAUCGUCACUCAAAUGGUUUUCAUCAUAUUUGGUACCAUGAGCUUUGGUUCUUCCAUGGAGGUGUUCUCUAAAUUUUUCAUGUCUUGUGUUAUCUUCUUAUAUGUCUAGUAGUGAUUGUUGCUUAGAUAUAAAUUUUUGUGUUAAGUCAGACGAAGUGCAUUCGCAAUUCCCACCAAGGUUUUGAAUAUGACAAAUAUAAUACAUAUUGUUAUUACUAACAUGUGCAUUAGUAUUUCAGUCAGAUAACGAAAAGUCCAAACAGUGGAAUAUGUUCAAGCAUAAUCUGACUAGACAAAAUAUCAGACGAUAGAAAGGCCAGCAUCAAGGUUAAGGCUGAUUCAGACUCAAAUUAGAUACAAAGUCUAUCAAAUAGAAGCCUGAGGCAUCAGAUGCAAAUUGGUCAAUAUACUGACAUUAAUGGCCAAGGCAUCAACAUGAAGUGACCAUCAGGAAGAAUCAAUAUAAAAGACGAAGUUAUCACUUCCACACUCAGACGAAAAGAGGCGUCAAGAUCAGAUGUAGCAUCUUGUAACCAGACGAUGUCGAGAAUGCUGAAGCACGUAUGGAGUCCACUAAUCACAUUGAAAGGAAUUAUACAAGAAACACAAGAGGACAUAUUCGAAAAAAAAUUUGUCCAAAGCAUGCAUCCACAAGUCAAAGCUGAGUGCGUUAGAGAAAGGACACCUACUUUUCAGAAAAAGACAGCACCACAGCAGCUAAACUGAUGGAAAAAGUACAAAUAUACCUAGAUCAUGAUCGAAGUCAGAUAUCAAAGAAAUCAACUGCACAGAGAAGCUCCACAAAUACAAGUAAACAUUUAAUGCAAGAUUAAAUGCAUUAAAUGAGAAGAUUUGCAUGAAUAUGAAUGAAGCCUCCAUCUGCAACGACACAAGCCUAUGCUCUAACGGAAAAAUUCAAAAGCAAAGGGAAGAUUUAUCAAAAGGUGUAUAAGUAUCAAGGAAAAGAAGAAGAAGAGUGAAAUAUAGAGAAGUUGAGAAAAACGUACAAUACGAAAAAGAAAAUCAAGAGCAUAAACUAUCCUUUUCUUCUCAAAGAAAUUCCUGUAUAUUUGUGUAAAAACUAAGAUAUAUAGCUUAUCUUAGUGAGUGUUGCCAAUAAUUCAUCCUCUCUACGAGAGUAACCAAACACUCAG